AUGUUGUGGUUUAGCAUAUUUGAAACAAACGAUGAUGAUGAUGAUGAUGAUGAUGAUGAUGAUGAUGAUGAUGAUGAUGAUGAUGAUGAUGAUGAUGAUGAUGAUGAUGAUGAUGAUGAUGAUGAUGAUGAUGAUGAUGAUGAUGAUGAUGAUGAUGAUGAUGAUGAUGAUGAUGAUGAUGAUGAUGAUGAUGAUGAUGAUGAUGAUGAUGAUGAUGAUGAUGAUGAUGAUGAUGAUGAUGAUGAUGAUGAUGAUGAUGAUGAUGAUGAUGAUGAUGAUGAUGAUGAUGAUGAUGAUGAUGAUGAUGAUGAUGAUGAUGAUGAUGAUGAUGAUGAUGAUGAUGAUGAUGAUGAUGAUGAUGAUGAUGAUGAUGAUGAUGAUGAUGAUGAUGAUGAUGAUGAUGAUGAUGAUGAUGAUGAUGAUGAUGAUGAUGAUGAUGAUGAUGAUGAUGAUGAUGAUGAUGAUGAUGAUGAUGAUGAUGAUGAUGAUGAUGAUGAUGAUGAUGAUGAUGAUGAUGAUGAUGAUGAUGAUGAUGAUGAUGAUGAUGAUGAUGAUGAUGAUGAUGAUGAUGAUGAUGAUGAUGAUGAUGAUGAUGAUGAUGAUGAUGAUGAUGAUGAUGAUGAUGAUGAUGAUGAUGAUGAUGAUGAUGAUGAUGAUGAUGAUGAUGAUGAUGAUGAUGAUGAUGAUGAUGAUGAUGAUGAUGAUGAUGAUGAUGAUGAUGAUGAUGAUGAUGAUGAUGAUGAUGAUGAUGAUGAUGAUGAUGAUGAUGAUGAUGAUGAUGAUGAUGAUGAUGAUGAUGAUGAUGAUGAUGAUGAUGAUGAUGAUGAUGAUGAUGAUGAUGAUGAUGAUGAUGAUGAUGAUGAUGAUGAUGAUGAUGAUGAUGAUGAUGAUGAUGAUGAUGAUGAUGAUGAUGAUGAUGAUGAUGAUGAUGAUGAUGAUGAUGAUGAUGAUGAUGAUGAUGAUGAUGAUGAUGAUGAUGAUGAUGAUGAUGAUGAUGAUGAUGAUGAUGAUGAUGAUGAUGAUGAUGAUGAUGAUGAUGAUGAUGAUGAUGAUGAUGAUGAUGAUGAUGAUGAUGAUGAUGAUCAGAUGAUAUUAGCUUGAGGUCUUGUCAUUAUUCAUUUUCUGUAAUGAAAUCUUUGUUUAUCAUGCACAUCCAUUCUUUAUUCAACUACCUAAAACCAUGACAUUGUGUAGAAAGAUUGUUGAAGUAGUAUAAGUCUUAAAUGUAUCAUAAUUCUUUUCUCAAUAGCAUAUUACGUUUUAGUUAGAAGAUGCAACUCUUAGAUUUAAUCAUGUCAAAAUACUAAUACAAUACGAUCAUAACUGAAAUUGAA